UCCAUCAACCCUCGCCCGUCUCUCAAGAGUCUCGAAACCUUCGAGCCCCACUUGCCCCUCCGACCUCAUCAUGACCCGCUCGCAGCACAAGACCAAGGAGGCGAUGCACAACGUCACGUCCAAGUACGCUGGCUCGAAGAAGAAUGGCCACGGUACGGCCAACUGGGGCAGCGAGAACGAGGACAUCCUCGAGGGCAUCGCCCUCGCCCGCUCGAACGACUUCGUCUCGCACUCGCCCGCCGAGAUGGGUGCUCACAAGCUGUCGAUGUCGCCGCCGACGUCGCCCUCGCUCGCGACGGUCGCCGACAAGGAGCUCAAGCCCACCGACGAUUCGUCUGCCGCCUAAGCCUCUCUCAACUCGCGCGAGAGCCUCAACGUCCAUUUGUACAGCCCCUCCUGACGCCUCGAAUGCAGUGAAUUUCGUCCUUCGUGCGGGCGAGCGGUU